AUGACUGAAAUGUUCCGUCAAUGUGGUAUUAUGUUCCUCGUUACAGUACACGUGUACGUCAUAGAAGCGUCACCAUGUCGUUGCUCAUCUUGUCAGACAUCGGGAGUUUCAUGCUCUAAGCCUGUCGUGUGUCCCACACCGGUCAGCUGCCCACUACAAACAUGUCCAGUACCGUCACCAUGUCCACAACCACCUCCAUGUCCGCCAUGUCUUAAUACAGUAAUACAACAACCGGUACUUGUUACUUAUCGAGUAAUAGUGCCAGUAGUACGAAAAAUUCCUAUCAUUGAAAAUACCUGCUGCAGUACUUGCGCAAUUCCGUGUAUUGCACGUAAGAAACGUGAAUUAUUAGCGGAAGAUGAAUUAUUAAUCAAUAAUAGCACCAAAUUACCAGUGAAUCCUGUAUGCAAUAGCAAAAGCUUGCAAGAAAUAAUGAGUGAAAAUAUUUCGACAACUGCUGCUGAAUCACAACGUUUAAUUCAAAAAGUAUCGGAAACUCAACUCGGUGGACAUUUCAAUGUUCUCUGCAGCAACAGCGAUCUGGUUGGCAACAAAUUAUUCACAUUGGCAAUUGCCGUGCAUUUCAUUUAUUUCUUCUUCUUUUUGCAACUGAGCAAUAUUCAAACAACCGUAGCGCAAACAGAUCAAACAGAACCAUUGGAUUUAUCAAUAUCAAAAGCGAAAAAGAAGAGGGAUGGAUUAGAAGGCUUAUCAAUGGAAAGAGAGAAUGAAGAAGAGAUUGGAUUGCAAGUGCUUCAAACAAAACCAUUGGAUUUAUCGGCUCCAAAAGCGAAAAAGGAAGGAAAUAGGGCACAAGGUUUAUCAGUGGAGGGAGUGGCUAAUGAACGAAUUAAACCGCAGCAACAGCUUGUUACAAUGGAAACAGUGGAGGUAAUGGAACUAUCAAAGAAAGAAAGAAGGGCGGGAAGGAAGCAGCAUUGCAAUAUAUGUCAAAAGGAAGUAACACAUAUGAAAGAACAUAUGAUGACUCAUACCGGUGAGAAGCCGUACAGUUGUUCAAUAUGUAAAAAGAAAUUCACUAGUUCCAGUAAUAUGAAUAAACACAUGUUGAUUCAUACAGGUGAAAAGCCGUACAGUUGUUCAAUAUGCAAAAAGAAUUUCACUCAGUUCGGGGAUGUGAAAAGACAUAUGAUGAUUCAUACCGGUGAAAAACCGUACAGUUGUCCAAUAUGCGGGAAAAGUUCCACUGAUCCCAGUAAUAUGAAAAGGCACAUCAUGACUCAUACCGGUGAGAUGCCGUACAGUUGUCCAAUAUGCAAAAAGAAUUUCACUCAGUUCGGGGAUGUGAAAAGACAUAUGAUGAUUCAUACCGGUGAAAAACCGUACAGUUGUCCGAUAUGCAGGAAAAGUUUUAUACAAAAACACAUUUUGCAGUCUCACAUGGUAGCGCAAACGGAUCAAACUGAACCGUUGGAUUUAUCAAUAUCAAAAGCGAAAGAGAAGAGGGAUGGUUUACAAGGCUUAUCAAUGGAAAGAGAGAAUGAAGAAGAGAUUGGAUUGCAAGUGUUUCAAACAAAGCCCUUGGAUUUAUCGGCUUCAAAAGCGAAAAAGGAAGGAAAUAGGUCACAAAGUUUAUCAAUGGAGGAAGUAAGUAAUGAACGAAUAAAACCUCUGUUACGGCUCGUUCCAAUCGAAAAACUGAUGGAAGUAGUGAAACUAUCAAAGCAAGAAAGAAGGACGAGAAAAAAGCAGCGUUGUGAGAUAUGUCGAAAGGAAGUAAUAUAUAUGAAAUCACAUAUGACGACUCAUACCGGUGAGAAGCCGUACAGUUGUUCAAUAUGCAAAAAGAAUUUCACUCAGUUCGGGGAUAUGAAAAAACAUAUGAUGAUUCAUACCGGUGAAAAGCUGCACAGUUGCCCGAUAUGCAGGAAAAGUUUCACACAUAAACACCAUUUGCUGUCUCACAUGGGAACUCAUGACGUGAAUAGACCUGUCUAUCACUGUACUGUAUGCAGUAAAGAUUUUCAGACAAAAAAUGGCUUGAAAUUUCACAUGCGGAAUCAUUAA